AUGGGCAGGGUCGUGGGGCACCUGUUGGUGCUGUGGGUGGCUGCAGGCGUGUGCUAUGCCACCGUCAGGGCCUCUGCCUGGUCAGUGAGCAAUUUCCUGGUAACAGGUCCCAAGGCCUAUUUGACCUACACCACCAGCGUGGCCUUGGGCGCUCAGGCUGGCAUGGAAGAGUGUAGGUUCCAGUUUGCUUGGGAGCGGUGGAACUGCCCCGAGCACGCUUUCCAGUCCUCGACCCACAACAGGCUGAGAGGGGCCACAAGGGAGUCAUCCUUCAUUCACGCCAUCCGCUCUGCUGGAGUCGUGUACGUCAUCACCAAGAACUGUAGCAUGGGUGACUUCGAAAACUGUGGCUGUGACGGGUCAAAAAAUGGAAAAGCGGGUGGCCGUGGCUGGAUCUGGGGAGGCUGCAGCCACAAUGUGGAAUUCGGGGAAAAGAUCUCCAGACUCUUUGUGGACAGCCUGGAGAAAGGGAAGGAUGCCAGGGCCCUGAUGAAUCUUCACAACAGCAGGGCCGGCAGGCUGGCAGUGAGGGCCUCCAUGAAAAGGACCUGCAAAUGUCAUGGCAUCUCAGGAAGCUGUAGCAUCCAGACUUGCUGGCUGCAGCUGGCCCACUUCCGGGAGAUGGGAGACUACCUAAAGGCCAAGUACGACCGCGCGCAGAAAAUCGAGCUGGAUAAGCGGCAGCUGAGCGCUGGCAACCGAGCAGAGGGCCGCUGGGCGCCCACAGAGGCCUUCCUUCCCAGCGCCGAGGCUGAGCUGGUCUUCUUGGAGGACUCACCUGACUAUUGCACCCGCAACGCCAGCCUGGGCAUCCAGGGCACCGAGGGACGCGAGUGCCUGCAGAGCGAGCGCGGCGCUCCCCGGCGGCAGCAGCGCAGCUGCGGGCGCCUGUGCACCGAGUGCGGGCUGCAGGUGGAGGAGAGGAGCACCGAGGCCGUGAGCAGCUGUGGCUGCAGCUUCAAGUGGUGCUGCACGGUCAGGUGCGACCAGUGCAGGCGCGUGGUGAGCAGGUACUACUGCACGCGCCCCGAGGGUGGGGUCCGGCCUCGGGGCAGGGGCAAGGGCCGCGCUCGAUAG